AUGGAGUCGUUUCAGACUUUUGUGUUGACAUUAUCAAUAUGGACAACGAGUGCUAUACCGGCCAAAUUAGACCUCCAAUAUCUGCCGCCUCCCAUUCCUGUACCAUCAGUAACAACCGUCGUCAGCCCACCAGCUAUUCCGCCAACGGCAGCUCCGCCCACCUUCGCGCGCCCACCCUUCUCUCAGCAAAUCCUCCCACCGAGGCCGCCCCCGACAAUCGAAGUCCAGCCCUCUUCGCCGGGAGGAGAGGAAUGCUGCGACGUGCCCUCCAGCCCCGAGCCAGCCAAGCCAACCCUCGUGCUUUUACCGGUCACGUCACCCUACGAUACCAUCACAGUGCAAUCAUACGACCAAACGUCUAUGAUGCCGUAUCGCUUUAGAUACAGCAUCGGCAACACGGGAUCUUCCGUAUUUACCACCAGAGAAGAAGAGCAGCAAAAAAAUGGUCCACUUAUUGGACAGUACUCUUACAAGAGACCGGAUGGAGUUUACAUGACUGUCGCAUAUACAGCUGAUGAAAAUGGGUAUCGAGCGAAGAUAAUUGAGAGUAAAACCCCGCCACCAAAUCUUCCGUCUGAAUCAGGCAAUGUCGACCAUUUCAGGAUGCGUCUACCAGGAAAAGUAGUUAACGAGGUCUUCGUGGAUAACUUCCCAGGUCAAGAAACUUUUUCAAAUAUUUUGUCGAGAGAGUUAGACAAUGACCUAACGAUAUUCGACGACGAGGACUCAUUUACUUCAACAUCCAAAAGCCCUGAGUCAUUCCAACAGCAAGAAUUGCAACUUUCACUAGAAAAUCGGCCAAACACUCCAACACAGAAUGAAGAAAACCCUCUGUUAUUUAAUGUGUUACCCAAGACCCAACUGCCUUUCCAUAAUGAGCAGCUUCCUUUUUCUUUAACAGAAAAGCAAAAAGCACAACGUUCACCUACACAGGCUAUUUCUGGUUUUCGUUCUGUCGAGUCUGAUUCAGAUUUGAAUGACGACAUAUUCUUGGAAUCUGAGCUCACGAUUCCGUCCAGUGACAAGAGAUUCCCUUUUUCCCUGACAAACGAACAAAGCACACAAAAUUUUCCUGAGCAUAUAAUUUCUCUGUCCAAUCCCCAGCAACACGCCCCUUCUACUCUAAAUAUUUUUACAACCACAGAAUCACAAUUCUCGACUCCAAUUCUUCAAGAUAACUCUCCUUUCCUAACAAGAGAUGCUCAAAAGAAUGAGCCACUAUAUGAAAAUAACAUUUCUCAGUUUCAUUCCCAACAAAAUAGUCAAACAAAUUCUGAUUCUUUCAGGCUUUCAGAAUCCCAAGCCUUGACCCCCGUGAAUGGCGAAGAGUUUUCUUUUCUCCAGAUCAAUGGACAAGAUUUGCAAAAUCUUCCUCAGCAUACUCAAGAUCAGUUAAGCUUUGAUCAAGAACCACAAUUGAAUUUCAAUACUUUUCAGUUCUUGGAACACCAGGAGUUGAAUAAUGAAAACUCACCCUCUACAUUAACAAAUGGGGAAGAGACACAAAUUCCAUCCAAACUAGGUAUUACACAGACGCACUUUAAACAAGAAUCUCAAACAGACUUGAAUACUUUUGAGUAUUCAAAACAACAGCUCUCAACUACACCUAGUGACGAACAAUUUCUAUUUGCCUUUAGUAAUGACCAGGGAACACCAAAUCUACCAAACACUAUUAUCUCCGAGUUUCAAUCUUCACAAGAACCUCGUGAGUUACAGUCCCCAAGCCUUGAAACCUCUAGUAAUCAGCAGUAUGACAAUGAAUUUAUUAUUUCCUUAGCAGACAGACAAGAAAUACAAAGCCCUCCAACAAACAAAAUCCAACAGUUUCAAUCUGAACAACUGCAGCCCAACCUUAAUAAUGAUAAAGUUUUAGAGAACCAAGUCUUUAAUCCCUCAGCAGGCACACAAGAAACACAAAGUACUUUCAAGUUAUUGGAGUCCCAAGUAUUGACACCGAUUGAGGACAAACAGAUGACUGCUCCCUUAGAAUUACUAGAUCCAUCACCACCAAUAUCUGAAAAAUUCCCUUUAACAGAAUUAAAUCAAGCUCAUUCAUUAGAAACCUCAGACUUGAUUCAUGCACAGGAACCACAAUUUUUCUUAUCUACUCAAAAUACAGCCUCUUUAGCAGAAAGACAAAGGCCUCACUUUAAAGACACAGUAUUCAUAACAGAGAAUGGACCUACUCAACCUUCAGAUAUUCUAACAACAUCUGAAUUGAGUAAUUCGGAUGAAUUUUUGGAGCCAGCUUCGAAAAUAUCUGAGGAAUUACAACAGUAUAAUAUUCAAGAAUCUAAUUCUGAAAUUAGUGAACCAUUAGAUGCUCAGCUGCAAAAUGAACAAAAUCAUCAAAGCCAGAUAAUUACUAAUGAUGACCAUGCCACCUUCACACAACCUGAAAAUUAUGCACCUGAAGAUAAUGUGAGUGUGGAUAUCCGGAGUCAUCUACAAAGUACAUUCCAAUCAAAUCUCGCAUCGUCACAGACUUUGGAACCGCAAAGCUUAUUUUUGUCCUAUGAACAAGACACGCAAAAAUCUACUACUGCCAAGGCUGAGAACACCUCAAACAAAUUUAUUCAAACAACAACCAUAUCAACUGAACAAAAUGAAUCUAAUCGCCAACAGGAACUUCAUAACAAUGAUCAACCUAAUCGCCAACAGGAACUUCAUAACAUUGAUCAGUUGAAUUCCCAAGACAUCAAUUCACUAGGGUCUACACAGUUUAGUGAAACAAAUCAAUUUUCAUCACAGCGUAAACAAAGCCCCCAAUACAUCAGUGGAAUUACAGACUCUACUUUGUUUACCAAUAAUGACCAGCUUCCUAACAUAUCAGACGACGAUGACCUUCAUAAACAGCCCAAAGAAAUAAAUUCACAAUUACAAUAUCAAGAGUCUCAAUCAGAUGUGAAUACAAACCAGCUCUUACAGCUACAAAUACUGCAGUCCUCAUCAGACCCAGCAAUACCUACAUCAAUUCAAUCAAUAAUAUUUUCUGGAAAAACAGAACAUCCCCUUUCAAAUCUUAAUAUUAAAUCUCACUUAAAUGAUCCCACUACCAAUGAAAACCACAAUUCAGAAAUUUUAGGACAAGUUAAUUCAGAUAAAACUACCACAAACCCACUUAACUCUCAGUUUAUAAGAUCAAAGAAUGAAGAAACAUAUCAAUUGCAAGCCCAGGGACUUCAAGCAGCAGUGCCUUUCCAAGGUUAUUUAGUGUCUAAUCCCCAACUUCCUUACAGUCCUCCAAUCAUUAGUACAACUACAAAUCCCCAACUCCCUCCAAACAAUCCAUCAAGUCCAUCACAUAAUCUAGAGACCCAAUCACCCCCAAAAGAAAUUAAUAACCAAAAUCCCAUAUCCUAUCCAUCGAAUUCUGAUUCAUUCACAGCUGUUUUUGGGCAAUCCCAACCUGCUAAUCCAUCAAAUACUCCAGACACAAACCCAUCACCCCAAACAACAGUCUCUCCCUUGUAUCUCCCACCAAACAUACCACAACCAUUUCCACAACCUCCAUUAUUACAACCAACGCUACCACAAACUUCACACCCCUCAGAUCCCAAUCUAAGUAAACCUGUACUAAGUACGCAAAUACCUACAGUUUUACCAACAAAUUCUCCAAAUUUAACUCCAAAUAAGCCUCCAUUCUUACAAACACAGUUACCGCCGUUAAGUCCACUGCCUCCAUCUUCAACACAAAAUAAACCACAGCAACAACCUCAGUCACCAGUUCCACAACUGAGUCAACCUUCUGUAACACCAGUGACAGAAUCAUCAGAAUUUACACAGUUUCCAAACACCAAACCAACAGAACAACAGCAAAUUGCACAAGUACCUUCAAAUUCACUUCCUAACUCACCAAAACCACCUGCAUUUCCAACACCACAAUUGCCUGACCUAAUUGCUCAAAACCCUUCCUUAAAACCACAACCAAUUUUUCCAGUGACACCACAACAACCUUUUUCCCAACCAAAUUCACCCCAGCCUCCAUCAUCAAAGCCACAAAUAAUUCCACAACAACCACCUUUCUCCCAACCAAAUUUACCAGAACAGCCUCCUCCCAACCAACCAAACUUGCCAGCUUUAUUGCUGAAGCCUGAAAUACCCUUAGGACAAAGUCCUUCACAAUUCUACCCAACUGGGCAACAACAGUUUCCACAAAACCCCCCAAUUUCACAGAUAAAUCCACAACAACCACCGUUCCCUCAGCUAAACUUACCACAACAGUCGUCAUUACCAAAGCCUGGAAUUCCACAGCUACCACCUACUUCACCAACCCUACCAAGUGGACCACCUCAACAUCCUUCAUCUUCACAAAUACCUCCACAAUUGCCAUCUUUCUCCCAACCAAACUUACCACAACAGCCUCCUUCCUCCACACCAAACUUACCACAACAACCAUUAUUACCAAAGCCUGAAACACCUCUAGAACAAAAUCCUUCACAUCCCUAUCCAACUCAACCACAACAGAUUUCACAACUACCUUCAACAUCCCAGACAUAUCCACAACCCACAUUACCACAGCCAGAAAUACCCCAGUCAUCUUUACUGCCACAACCUGGACCUGUUCAAGUACCACCUACUUCACCAUCCCUACCAAGUGAACAGAUUCCACAAAAGCCUCCAGUUUCACAGAUAUCUCCACAGAAGCCAUCUUUCUCACAACAAACUUUACCACAGCACCCAUCUACCUCCCAAUCAAACUUUCCACAACCGCCUCUAUUACCCACCCCAGAAGCACCCCAAGCACUACCAAAUCCUUCACCUUCCUACCCAGCUAAACCACCACAAACUCCACAACAACCUGAAAUUUCACAGAUAACUCCACAACUGCCUCCUGCUCAAUCAUACUUCCCUCAACCUGAAAUACCUACAAAACCACCUAAUUUACCUCAUCAACCAUUUCCCUCACAACCGAGCUUAAUACAACCUGAAAUACCCCAGCUAAUUCCUAAUCCUUCACCAUUCCAACCAAGCAAACCACCACAGAUCCCACAAAAACCUGAAAUUUCUUAUCAAUCUUCUUCCUCCACGCCAAACUUACCACAACAACCUUCAUUCCCACAACCUAUAAUACCACAGCUACCAUCAAGUACUUCAUCAUCCCUGCCAAAUGAACCACAAAAGAUUCCCCAGCAACCUCCAAUUUCACAAAUUACUCAACAACCUUCUUUCUCUACACCAAACUUACCACAAAAACCUUUAUUGCCACUGCCUGAAGCACUUCCUCCUACUUCAAAGCCUUUGCCCUCCCAACCAAAUGAACCACAGAAAAUUCCCCAACACCAGCCUACUUUUCCCCUGACACCACAAAAUCCUUCCUUCCUGAAACCCAGUUUAACACAGCAAACUACUAAACCAAAUGCCCCAUAUCAACCUGUGUCCCCAAGCCAAAUUUUACAGCAAGGGACUUCAAGGCCACCUCUAUUCUCACAACAAAACCCUCUCCAACCUCCCACUUCACAACAAAACUUGAAACCUCCUGUGUUUCCUAACCUUCAACUUCCCACACACCUGACUGUAAAGCCUUCAGGACCUGCCUCUAAUCAGAAUCUGCCAAACCAAUUCCCAACAGCACUUCCACCCUCAGCAUCAUUGCCUAGUGUCUCUACUGCAACCAACAAGCCUGAUAAUCAAAAUUUAUUGCCAAGUUCUGAUAGCCUACUGCAAGAUCUGUAUCCAAGUAAAGAUCAAAAUUACCCAGACCAGGAUCAGCAACAGCAGCUAGGUCAAAAUCAACAACAAACCCAAACUCAGAGCCAGCAACAAACCUUGGUUCAAAAUCAACAGCAAACUCAAACACAGACCCAAGUACAAAGUCAAUAUCAACAGCAAACCCAGAGCCAAAAUCAACAACAAAGUCAAAAUCAAAAUCAACAGCAAACCCAGAGCCAAAGUCAACAGCAAAGUCAAAAUCAACAACAAACUCAAAGUCAAAGUCAGCAACAAAGUCAAAAUCAAAACCAACAACAAAAUCAAAGCCAAAGCCAAGGCCAAAGCCAGAACCAAAAUCAACAGCAAGGUCAAACACAAGGUCCGGGUUUAGAUCAGGGUCAAAAUCCUGGUAAAGAUCAAGGGUACUCUUACAUUAUUAACAGAAUCUCCACGCAGGGGAAUAUAGCUGUCAGUGCACCUCACAUGGUCCACUGUGGGCAUUAUAUCAAAGGACGUUUGCAGCAUCCCUUCGGCCUCUAG